UUUCAAUGUCAUUCAAGAAACGAGAUGCCAUUCGCUGUUCUUCAGCGAUCGCUUCCUUUAUUUGUGCAUCACAACGUGCUUCAGCUUCACCAAUGCGCGCAUCACGUUUGACUUCAGCUGUUCGUGCCAUACCCAAAGAUUUCAAGUAACCCUUCAAACUCUUCAUCACGAAUGUCUUUCAAUGUGUAUGACACAACAGUAAUGCCCAUGUUGACAAGAUCCGAUGAAGCCACUUCGAAGACUUGCUUGGAGAACUUCUUGCGAUCUUUGUAAAUUUCUUCAACGGUCAUCGAUCCCAUAAUUGCUCGUUGGUGUCCUUCCAAUGUUACCAAGGCAAUGUGUUGAAUCUCAGACUCUGAUUUGCCCAAAAAUUGUUCGCAAGCAGUC